AUGGAGCCAGCUUCGAAUUCUGGGACGCCGGCAAUUCAACGCUUUUGCUGUGGAGUGGGUCACGUGAUAGAUGACAUUUUACGUCAGCUCCUUUUUUCCUUUAGACUUGUUUUUUUCAUGAAAGUUCUAAGCCUCUCUGCGGCUAACGCUGGGUGGCUAAUUCUUCAGAAGCAACUGGCUCACGUGGUAUUCUCCCCUUUUUGCGCCUUUCUGGUGGACAGCAUAAAUAUUCCAGUUCUGUCCCGGAAGCUGGGGAGAAGAAAAAGCUGGCUUCUGAUAGCAAAUAUCGUGGAAGCAGUCUUUAUACCUUUGUUCUUUAGCACUUGCUUCCUCUGCCAGAGCGAUGGAGGACAAUGGCAGCGGAUGGUAUAUAUUGGUGUGCUCAACACCAUUCUAGCCUUUGCAGGCACUCUUAUGAACGUCGGACAUUUGUCGAUCAUUCCUGUCAUCGCUAAAAAUCAAAGCGAAGCUUUGGAAAUGAGCGCAUGGAGGUUUGUAAUUUUUUCAGUGACUCAAAUAACAAAAUGCAGAGUCAAAUUGCGCUUUCUCAUUAUUUACGUUUUUCGUUCCCGAUCGAUAUUCGGGAAGAGGUGCUAUUUCCUAUUGUUUAGAUGCUUGCAACAUAAAUUUAUGGUGGCUGUUAUGGCGAAAUUGAUGGAACUUUGUUUUGCAUUUUUUUUUUUGGUGGGGCGGGGGGGGGGGGGGGGCAAAAAGGGGGAUCAAAAAUAUCAUUAUUGGAAGGAAAGGGGAAGUUUUUAAAAAUUUCUCCGUUUGAAAGUUUUUAAAAUUUUUUUUCAAAGCGGCCAUUUAAAAUUUACGCGGAACCCAGAAACUCAAAAAAACAAAAAUUAAUGUGUUGCAACCCCCCUCGUUUGUUGGUGUUGUGUUGUUGGGAGUAUAUGUGUGUGUUUGUGUUUGUUGUUGUGUGUGGGGGGGGGGGGGGGGGUGGGGGGGGUGCAAAAAUGGUGAUCAAGAAUAUCAGUAUUUGAAGGAAAGGUGAAUGUUUGUAAAAUUUCUCCGUUUGAAAGUUUUUAAGAUUUCUUAUCAAAGCGGCCAUGUAACAUGUACUGCGAACUCAGAUACUCAAGACAACCAAAAUUGACAUGUUGCAACACUCAUCGUUCGUUGUUUGUUUCUUUUUUUUUAAAGGACCGCUUUUUCUUUCCUGAGUGGUAUCAUAACCUUAGUUGUGGCGUGGGCUAUUUUCGGGCAAGACAAUAGCGAACAUCUAACAGCAGAAAAUGCAAUGGAUUUUACGGUAAUUAUUAAUAAUAUGGACAUCAGUAACUGAGCUUCCUCCGUUACAAAGUUAUAAAACUUUUUCCUCGCUUCCUUUUUUUUCAGGUCAUGUCUUUAAUCUUGGUUGGAAUUGGUCUCUUGUUUUGUCUGAUUUUCCACAUCGGAACCAAAGAGCCUUCGUGUCAAAUCAACAAAAAGUUGUCUGUGACGGCUGCAGGCGUUGUGGUAAGGUUUGAAUUUCCUUAGAGAAAACUGCUAGAGACCAUCAAGUCAGUUAUAUAAUAGCCUCCCUCGCAGAAGUUUAUUGUUUCGUCGCGCAACGUUGGAGAGGAGCGUUCGUGACGAAAAAAAAACGGCUGCGAGGCAGACUAGUUAUAUAAUAGACAUAAUAUGCUAGCCUGAGAAAACAGCCGACAGUUAGUGCGACACUACUGGCUUCCCUGCGAAAUGGCGUCUGAGGAAAGAGUGAAGAAAUUCCAUACUGUCUGCCUUUUACUGCCUAUCUAGAUCCGGGUAAAUCUUCUGAUUGGUUGAAGAUACUUACCAGGUGGAACUGCCAAUCAGAAGCACUCAGCCCAGAUAAGGGUGGUGAUAAGUCAUCUGUAUGGAAUUUCUGCACUUGUUCCUCAGACAUCAUUUCACGGGAAAACCAGUGGUGAUCUCGCGAAAUGUUGGCUGUUUAGUUAGCCUACCCUUGUGCAAGUUUGCGUCAGGCAAGCCACCAAGCUCAGUUUCGGACAAACUGUGAUAAACUUAGCAUAGUUAAAAACUAAAAAACUAAAAAUAAAAAAUUCCCGGACGUUACGUCAACAUUUCCGGGAACCGAGAUUCAUUUCAGCCAAAAGUUUAGCAAAAAUUUAUUGCCUUUUUUCCACUAAAAAAGUAUUUUAUUUUGGCCUAUUUUUAUAGUACCUUACAACUUAUUUAGCAUUUUUAGUGGAAAGAAUUUUAUAGUGAUAUGUGAGUUCAUCCAAUGUACAGUAUUAAACAAUUUGUUGUCAAAAUGACGUCAUUUCGCCUUUGCGACAAUAAAAGUAUAGGAGGAUUUUAAAACGGUCACAGAUAACAUUAUGCAGGAUCAUAAUGGUGUGUAAAUUUGGUGGCUUUAAUUGGCGAUUUUAAAGUUAUAGAGGAUGAUCUCCAAGCUCCCCUUUCCCACCACGGUUCCAGGAAACCCAAAAAAGCCCAUCCGUAAUGGGGUUAAAAAGACGCCAAACGAGCUAAUCAAAAAUGCAUGGAUGAAUUUAUGUCCAAAACAAUGUGCUAUUCUCUUCAACUGUUUUAAAUUUAUCGCAGAGAAAGUCCUCUUACAUUGCUUCAAAUCUCAUAGUUCAGUCGAUGACCUUCAUGGGAACAGGUAA